AUGGAGCAGGGUGUGAGACUUGUAGCUGGUGAGGGGGAGGCUUUUGAUUCUCCAGAAAGAUAUAGGAAGUUGGUGGGAAAGUUGAAUUAUCUCACCAUUACGCGUCCUGAUAUUGCUUUUCCGGUCAGUGUGGUAAGUCAGUUCAUGCAAGCACCCAUGCGAACUCAUUGGGAGGCAGCAGUUCGAAUUGUGAAGUAUCUCAAGAAUGCACCAGGUAAAGGCAUUCUAUAUGCUAAUCAUGGACAUGCGAGAGUUGAGGCAUUUUCGGAUGCUGAUUGGGCAGGUUCGUUAAGUGACAGGAAGUCUACAACAGGGUAUUGUGUGUUCGUAGGAGGUAAUUUGGUUUCUUGGAAAAGCAAGAAACAGACUGUUGUGGCUCGGUCCAGUGCAGAAUCUUAG